AUGAGUGGAGGUUUAGAAGAGGAAAAACUUAAUAAUGGGAUGGGUCAAGGUUUUGAAGAUGAAAUACUAAAUAAGAAAAGGGAUGAAAAGAAGGUUGAAAUGGUCAGUAAGCAAGGUUUACGGAAAACAAUUUUCUGGGGAGCAAAGGUUCUAGGGGUCAAAAGAAGGCAAGUUUCGAUAGGUUCUGGUUCUAAAUCAAAGGACAAGGUUGUGAUUGUUGAGGAGGUGACUUUACAGAGUGUUUUUGAUGCUUUGGACAAAGCUUUCAAGAGUCACUCAUUGAGAGAAUGGUAG